AUGCAGAGCAGUAAAGCUCCGGGACCUGACGGAUUCCCGAUAGAAUUUUACAAGAAGUUUACAGCCUUACUGGACCCGCUUCUUGUGGCUGUUUAUAAUGAGUCGUUCAAUACAGGAACUCUUCCCUCAACGCUCACACAGGCCUCAAUUUCUCUUAUCCCAAAGGAGGACGCUGAUGAAGCACCUGAUUCACAUGAUCUGAGGAUUGUGUUAACUGGAGUCUCUGGAGUUAGAAAGAGUUCAACUGGAAAUGCAAUACUGGGUCGAGAGGCAUUUAAAGAGAGCAGAACCAGAGAGAGUGAGAUACAGAGAGGAAGAGUAGAAGACAGAAACAUCUCCAUCAUCGACACUCCAGGAUUCUUCAACACUCAACUGACUGACGAAGAGAUGAAGAAGCAGAUGAUGAAGAGUCUGGAUCUCUCUGAUCCUGGUCCUCACGUCUUCCUGCUCGUCAUCAACCUGGAGAACUUUGAGAAGGAGCAGAGGAACAUUGUGGAGCAAAUUCAGGAGAACUUUGGAGCUCAAGCUUUGACGUUCACUAUGGUGCUGUUUAUUGGACGAGAAACAAUAUCCAGAGGAAAAUUUAAGCAAAUCACUGAGAGUGAAAAUAUCAAAGAGUUGCUGAACUAUUUUGAGGGAAGAUUUCAUGUGAUGAACAGCAAAAAUGAGUGUGAUCCCAGCCAGAUCACAAAGCUCCUGAAGAAUAUUGAUGUAAUGAUGCACAAUGGAGGACAAACCUUCAGCAAUGAGAUCUACCUGAAGGAUCUGAGAAAACUCAGAGAGCAGAAGGAGAGAGUGAAGUAUGAAGAAAAGAGUCAUAAACAAGAAGAAGAGACAAAUAAACAAGAACAGGCGUGGACAAGACAUGAGAAAAGAGAUGCAAAAAAGCAAAUAGAAGGGGUAAAUCAAGAGGAGGAAAUAAAAACUAAAAGCAAAGAAGAGAGAAUAAAAGACCAUAAUGAGAGGAAAAAAGAGGAUGUGAAGGAGAGAGCGCAAUAUCUAAGAGUGAAGGAAGAUCUCAGGAAACAGAUGGAAAGUCGCAGAGAAAACGAAAGACAAAGAUGGGCACUUGAAAGAGGAAUGACACCUGGACAUUCAAGACUAGGUAAAUAUUGA